UGAUCCCAGCCAAUCACAGUUUAGCUGUUCACGCAUCUCACUCCUUGAGGUUUAGUUAUAAAAAAUCUUUGGUGAGAUCGCUUACUGAGUGAGGGUGACCAUCUGAAGAGUGGCUCCCAACUUUUCUACAACUGUUUUGUGUGCGUUCAGAUACUACCUUCUCUCUCUUCUCUCUACUCCUUAUCUCCUGUCCUCGUAGCGCCAUGUCGAACGAGGAGCGGACUUUCAUUGCCAUCAAGCCAGAUGGAGUUCAGAGGAGGCUUGUUGGCGAAAUCAUCAAGCGAUUUGAGCUAAAGGGCUUCAAAAUGGUGGGGAUGAAAUUUGUCCAGGCCCCGGAGUCUCUGCUGAGGGAGCACUACGCUGACCUGGAGGACAGACCCUUCUUCCCAGGCCUCGUCAGCUACAUGACCUCAGGACCAGUGGUUGCCAUGGUGUGGGAAGGGUUCAACGUGGUGAAGACAGGCAGAGUGAUGCUGGGAGAGACCAACCCUGCAGACUCCAAACCCGGCACCAUCCGAGGGGACUACUGCAUCCAAGUGGGCAGGAACAUCAUCCAUGGCAGUGACUCAAUAGAGAGUGCCAACACAGAGAUCAACCUGUGGUUCAAACCUGAGGAGCUUUGCAGCUACACUAGCUGCUCUACCAGCUGGCUCUACUGAUCUAGGAUCAGUUUACCAUCCACAAACCCUAACCAUUAGGACUAGGAGGGGGAAUGUAAAACUGUCCUUAGAUCAGAGACAACUUCGUCCUACUCUAGCUGGUGACUGAGGACCAUUUACUAUGGUAAAUGUGUUCGACUGCCUGUUUUGUUCAACUGAGCUUUCCAAUAAAAAACUCACAACCCCGUC